CAUGGUAUGUCUACUCACCAGCAUCUAUGAUGUGAACUUCAUCUUCCUCCCCACUCCCAUCCUCUAUUAUUUUACCCCUCCGGGCCUGUGCUCUUUUUUUCUUACCAUAUUUAGUAAAUUAGAGAUCAUUCCCAUUAAUCUUCAUCCGUAACAACGAUGUCCAGAGAAAGAGGAAAGGACAUAGCUGAAGGAUCUAGCGAGAAUCAACAGCCAGCAACUCCUAGUCGUUAUGAGUCACAGAAGAGAAGGGACUGGAACACUUUUGGGCAGUACUUGAAGAACCAGAGGCCUCCAGUGCCUCUUUCUCAGUGCAAUAGCAACCAUGUCCUAGAUUUUCUUCGAUAUCUUGAUCAGUUUGGCAAGACUAAGGUUCAUCUACAAGGUUGCAUGUUUUAUGGACAGCCUGAGCCCCCUGCUCCUUGUACUUGCCCUCUUAGACAAGCUUGGGGCAGCCUUGAUGCUCUUAUUGGGAGGCUUCGAGCAGCCUAUGAAGAGAACGGAGGCACACCAGAGACGAAUCCUUUUGCUAAUGCUUCUAUUCGGGUUUACCUUAGAGAAGUAAGGGACUAUCAAGCAAAGGCAAGAGGGAUCCCACACAAGAAGAAAAAGAAGCAGCAGAUUUCAAGCAAAGGGAAUGAUGAAUCCAGCUCUGCGAUGCAGUUUUCUUAAAAUUCCACUUGGCUUUCCAGGAUCUGAGCACUAUAUAUGGUGAUUUGGGUUUCAGGAUCUUUGUUCAUGAGUUAUUGAACCUCUCAUAUUAAACUUAAUUUAUAGUUGGGUUUAGAUUCAUUCAAAAGACUCGAAUUCUAUGAUGAGUGCUCUAUUUUUAGUCUUAUUUUGUUGUAUUUAUUAAUUAGAUGUGGUGCAAUGCACGCGCGAUCCAUGCACGAUUUAUUUUGUUUUAUUAUAUAUAUAAUGUAGUUUUUGACACAUCAUAUAUACGAUUAAUUCAAGUUUCUAAAGUCUA